AGGAGGGGUUGUGCGGGUGGUGUGGGAGGCCUCCUGGUGAAAGGUGGGUUUAGAGCGAAGUGAGGGUGGGAGGCGGACAGGAACAAACAGUCCGCCAGAAGCCCUGCGUGGGAGCCCCUGACCCCCACCUCCGUCCCUUCCUCCCGUCUCUGGCCCUCAGUUGCGUCCCCCGCAGCCACCACCACCAGGUGGCCUUGCUAGUGCCCGGGUCUGACUAGGUAGCCCCAGCUGAGUCACACUGCUGGCCCUUAGGAUGAAGGGACAUGCCCCAGCCCUCUGAGGUCCGCCCUUGUGCCUCCUCUUAGGCCAGCUCUGUUGAGUUAUUUGUUAAGCACCUACUAUGGGCCAACCAAUGGGGCAGGUCCUGGGGCAGCAGCCAAAGCCAGGGUGUAUUCGGUCCCACGUUGUGGUCAGGCGCUGGAAGGGAGUGUUCAGGGUGUGUGAGAGAGAAGACGGGGCUCACAGCAGGGAUGGCCCUUAAGCGGAGGCCUGCAGUGGGAGGGGCAGCGGCCGUCCAGAAAGUGUUCCUGGCCAAAGGAGCAGCUGAGGCAAAGGGCUGCAGGUGGACUAGAACUCGCCCUAUUCAAAGAACCAGAGUGGGCCAUGCCGAGUGCUCGGUGAGCGUGACAGGGGAGGAGGCAGAGAGGAGCCAGAUCCGUGUCUUCCCGGAGUGGAGGGGUUUGCACAAGGGAGCUGGCCAGAGUCAGAUCUGCAGAUCCAGAAGAUCAUCAAGGAGCCCGCGCCAGACAGCGGGCUGCUGGGCCUCUUCCAAGGCCAGAACCCCCUCUUCCGCUGAACUGCUCACCCCGAAGACCACCCUCCUGUCAUCUGGACCUCGGUGGAAUCACUUUGCCCCCAUCCUUGGAAUCCCAACAGUGGUGCAGUCCACCGGGAGUGCCACCCCCUCGGGAGGGGAGGUGGAGAGCUACCUUGCCAUUGGGCCAGAGCUCCCGGAAAUGCAAAUGAGACUCGUGGAAGCUGGGCGGCAGUUGGCUGAGCAGAGCUGGGGGCGGGGCUCGGCCCCGGGCCACUUCAAGAGGCGGGAAGGGGAGGGGGAGGGAGUGUCACAGGCUGUGGGACCCGGACUUGCCGAAUAAACAUUGAUGUGGCUGUGGGCCGAA